AACUAAGUAACAAGUUAUCCCCCCAUACUUUCCUCCAUAAUUUUUAUCACUUAUUUUCAACAAAAAAGACAACAUCAUAUUAUUAUACUAUUACACAACAAACAAACGUACAUACCAUGACCCUUCUAAGGAAUCUCUUCAUUUUAUUCACCAUUUUUGUGAUUAUUACUAUAUCACUUUCAUCUUGUAGGAGCAUUAAAUUCAUUGAUGGUGAUGAUCAUAUAUUAAGAGAAAAAACUCAUGAUCAUCACAACAUGAAUAAUCUUGAAAGGGAAUUUGGUUAUGAUUUUCAAGCUUACCCUUCAAAUUAUUUCAACACCAUUCUUGAAGACAACAACAAUCUUCAAAUUAGCGGAUUUGAUAAAUUCAAGAAUUUGGAGGAUGAUGACGAAGAAGCUAAGGUUAUAACAAUCAAUGUGGAUAGCUUUGGAGCAAAAGGUGAUGGAAGCACAGAUGAUACAAAUGCAUUUCAAAAAGCAUGGAAAGAGGUCUGUUCAUCUUCAACUAUUGUGAACUAUGUGGUGUCGCAAAACAAGAAAUAUCUUCUCAAACCAAUCAAAUUUUCUGGGCCAUGCAAAUCUUCCAUUACAAUGCAGAUUUAUGGAACCCUAUUAGCAUCUGAUGAUACUUCGGAUUACAGCAAGGAUAGUAACCACUGGCUUCUUUUUGAUAGUGUUGAAAAUUUGGUUGUUGGAGGAGGGGUUAUCAAUGGCAAUGGAAAAACCUGGUGGCAAAAUUCUUGCAAGAUUAAUAAAACAUUGCCCUGCAAGCAUGCACCUACGGCCCUAACAUUUUACAACUGUAGCAACUUGAAAGUGAGAGACCUUAAGAUAGAAGAUGCACAACAAAUGCAUUUGGCAUUUGAGAGAUGCUCUAGUGUUGCUGUUUCAAGUUUGGUAGUGAGUGCUCCAGAAAGUAGCCCUAACACUGAUGGAAUCCAUAUAACAAACACUCAAAUCAUCCAAAUAUCUAAUUCUACCAUUGGCACAGGUGAUGAUUGUAUCUCAAUUGUGAGUGGAUCUCAAAAGGUCACAGCCACAGGCAUUGCUUGUGGACCAGGUCAUGGAAUAAGUAUUGGUAGCUUAGGAGCUGGAAAUUCAGAAGCUCAUGUGUCUGAUAUUACUGUUGAUGGAGCUAAGCUUUCUGGAACUACAAAUGGACUCAGGAUUAAGACUUGGCAGGGAGGAUCUGGAAGUGCAAGCAAUAUCAACUUCCAAAAUGUGGUUAUGAAUGGUGUCAAGAACCCCAUAAUUAUAGACCAAAGUUAUUGUGAUCAAGAUUCUCCAUGCAAAGAACAGAGUUCAGCAGUUCAAGUGAAAAAUGUGAUUUAUCAAAACAUCAAAGGCACAAGUGCAACAAAUGAAGCCAUAAAUUUCAAUUGCAGCAAGAAUUUUCCAUGUCAAGGGAUUUUGUUGGAGAAUGUAAAAUUGUUAGGGGAAAAUGGUGAAACUCCAAAAGCUAAUUGGAACAAUAUUGACAAUUUGACAUGCCACAAUGUUUCACCAGAAUGUCCCAAAUAAGCUGAUUUUAAAGUUGAUGGUAUUAAUUUUUUAAUAGCGUAUUGGGUAUUAAUUAUUAGUAGGUUAUGUACAUAGUUACAAUUAAAAAAAAAAAAAAAAGGCUUGGAGUUAGGAUACAUUAAGUGUUAGAAUACAUUUAACAAAUGAUUUGUGAUAAAUGAUAUUCUUUAUAUACAUGAAAUAAAAAAAAUUGGUGGUAUGAUAAUGAUAUGAUUUAUUUUUUAGUUUUAUGUUCGUCAUGAAUAGAAUAUUGUUGCAAUUACACGAGUUGAGAAUCAUACAAAUGAACUU